AUGACAUAUUCCAUCAUCGGACAGUCGAAUGGGUACUCUCUUGUAUGUGUCGGUGGCAUCUUAGUCGGCCUGGUAAGUGAGCCUUGCCAUUGCUUGUCGGUUGUACCAAGUUUACUAUCCGACGAUGGAAAUUGGCACGGCUACUGGGCUCGUUCUGACAACACGACCAAGUUGCGAAAGCAAUGUCAAGCGACUUUUAAAAUGGCGACUUUUGGAAAGUGCGAACAGAGAAGGAACUAUGAAAGGGCCAUCUUCUGGAUGCGACGAAAUAUUCCAGACCUGACGUACUCGUUCAUUGGAUCUACCCUCGGGCUCAAUGAAUCCUUUUCCAAGCUUCUAUAUUUCCGUGUCUCCCCGUCUUCUCUGCCUACUCGUGGUCGCCUGCAAGCAUGCGCUAGGGUCGUUUGGUGUGCUAAAAGGCCCGACUGGUCCGCGAUCUCGUUGCACCCAUUCCUCACGACGGGUCGACUCCUUUCCCCCUCGCAUGCCUCCGCCGUCCCGGCUUCUAGCCGCGUCGCAAGACUCGUCUGCUUCCCGCACCUCGGCAGGCCGGGCGGUAGAUGCGGCGUGUCGUUUGCUCGUCCGCCGUCCAGCGGCCCAGUCGCGCCGUGUCCGAUUCCGGAGGAUGAUGUCCCAGCCCCGCUGGCCGGCCAUCGAGCAGCGGACACGCGGUGCUGCGACCGAGGGCCUGGGUUCGAGCCCGGCCCCCAGACGCCUUCGCUGCUGCCCGUUGUGCGCGGCAGAUUCCGGCGGACCGAUUCGCUCGAAUGA